GUUACGGUCGCCGGUUCCUGCCGCGGAUGCUUGCCGCGUCAACUUAUCAAAAUCCCGCAAAACGAGCAUGAAAUAAGAAGAUCAGCGAAAGAGACGUCAGCCUUAAAAGAGAAAAUCGAAUUUGUUUGGAAUAUUUGAUCUAUAUUAAUCAUGCCACCUACAAGUGUUUCCCAUCGCCGUACGCAUAAUUUGCUAUUAAUAUCCAAGCUACUUGGUGUGCGCAACUCCGCCUCGCCAUUAACUCUCCUCCUAGACUCUCUAGAGCAGCCAGCUACCCCUUUGAUCAGGGAAUAUAUCAGAAGAGCAAAGCUAUCAAAAAUCCAUAUUAUAUUUGUCUCCUUCGAGACACUGACCCGCCCAGAUGGCGUUGAUACAUUUAUCCCGACCCGGCGGAAAACCCUGGCAGCUAUUGCGAAAGAAGUGAUCUCGGCUAUAUCGUCGCCACUUUCACCACAUCCGUCAGGUCCUAUUCCAAGAAGAUCCCUUGUAAUUAUCGAUUCAGUUAAUCUAAUGAUGUCUCGCAAACACGUCGAAGACCAGGAAAUGAACCUCGCAGCGUAUCUAAGCUCAUUCCUAGGGCCACCCCCAACCAGCCCACAGAGCCAACAUUCUACAUCUCUAAUUGCCAUAUACCAUCAAGAUAUACCCACGUGCCCACAGAAGCAGGUACCGUACGCCCCAUCCCCAUUAUCUCUCCUAACAUACCUCGCCACAACAAUCCUCACCGUCCACUGCAUGAGCCAUAUCCUUGCCGAAAAGGUAGCGAGGGAUAGGAGCCUAAUGGCCCCUAUCUUCGGUUUAGCGGAAGAAGCAGAUGGCGUCAUCAUCGGCCGCCGCACUAGUCAUAGCAAGAGCACCGAUGAUGAUAGCAAAGGCCUCGUUAUUGAAAUGGAACAUAGACGCAAGAGCGGCAGGGGUAUUGUGGAGUGGUACUAUCUCCCUCCUGCGGCGAAGAUUCAUCGGCAGCAGGUUAAAGAAGUAGUGAUUUUGCUCGACGACCAUCCGCUGUAUAGACGAGAGGAGGAGCAGGGCGUUGAGAAGGAGGGGUGGGAGCCGGAGUCGACGUUUGAGUUGGGCUUGACGGAGCGGCAAAGGCUGGAGAGGGAAGGAGUUGUGUUGCCUUAUUUCGAUGCGCAGAAAGGAGAUGGGCCUGGUGAAGGGGGUAGGAUCCUCUAUGAUAUGGGUGAGGAGGAUGAUUUCGAUGAAGAGGAGGAUGAGAUUUGAAUUGUCGCUUUACAUCGUGGAGGUGGGGAGUAUUAGUCGUCUUGCUAAAGCGGGGGAGUAGAAGACAAUUGCUACAGAGCCAAUGUGUAGGGUGGAACGCUUUGGAACUUCUGCCUGAGCGUCUGCGGGUAAAGGUUGCUGCGAUAGGAUGCUGAACAUAGUUACCGCGAGCCUCAUGAUCCAUUUGGUACCAAGCUUGACGAUUUCAAAAAGGAUGUCAGAGCUAGUACGAAUGGCACGAAAAAGGAUAGUGGGGGUGUGUGGAGAUCUGAUCAAGCUGAAAGAAAGGUCGAGAAGAAAGAAACGAUAUCAUUAUUAAAACAAAGCGCUAUUUAAAAAAACCGCCAGCAGAUUAAAACAAACAAAAUGAAACCCACUGCCGCAAAGGGUCCAUACUACAAUAAAGACAAUAUCAAAAUUAGCAACACUUUCUGCGAUUACUUUUAUUCAUGUUUGACACACUUACCUGUUUCACAAGCAACUCCCAGUUUAUCCGCACCGCGGCCUUACGGUAUUUGAGACUGUCCUCCCUCAAUCUCCCGGACAUCUCGCCCAUCCGCUCUAAGCUGUCGCCCCGGUAAAGGAGGUCUUCGACAUUCUUAACCAUGUAUUUUGUUACAUCUCGGAGCUCAUCAUUCAACUUGUCCAAGUUCUGGGGGGCGCGGCUAUCCUGGUAGGUUUUCAUUGUUCGCUUGAUGAAACCGUCGAAUUCAACGAAGGCGUAUGGGCGUAAAUUGGUGGAGAGGUAUUGUGAAGCUGAAUAGUUGGUUGUGAAUUCGGUGGCUAGGUCACCGAGGUAGCUAAAUGCGAGUUUACGCGGGUAUGAUCUGUCUGCGAUGCAGAGGAAGCAAACCUCGUCUCGGAUGACAUAGCUGUAUAUAAACGUAUAAGAUUCCGUUGUAUAAAAGGCAACAGGAGCUUUUCCGCAGACAAUGUCCCACUCACUGAAGGUUGUAUUGCCCGGACUCUAUAGUAGCUUGCGGUUCUGAGUUUCGAUUCAAUCGACGGCAUAUGAGUUU